UAGGCGGGGUGGUGGUGCCUACCCGUGCAGACACUCAAGAGGUCCUACCACUAGUAAAAACUUAGAAUUAACUUCGUAAAACGUAAAACGUAACGUUUGUUUUGCGUCAAAUUGUAUUGCUAAAAUUGUUAAACGAAAGUUUUCGAACUUGUCACUGUGUAUGACGCAUAUGCCAAGAAAUAACAUCGAAUUAAUUUCGCAUUGUACCUACGCGUAAUUCAUGAUUGUGUUACGAAAGCGCUGAUUUAGGCCUAGAAAAGAAUAAGUGGUUUCCAAAAUGAGUUUUCUCGGGAAAAUAUUCGGUGGCAAAAAAGAAGAGAAGGGGCCCACUACGCAUGAAGCUAUCCAAAAACUCCGUGAAACUGAAGAAUUGCUGAUCAAGAAGCAAGAGUUUUUGGAAAAGAAGAUCGAUUUAGAAGUACAGACAGCCAGGAAACAUGGCACUAAGAACAAAAGAGCUGCCAUUGCAGCUCUCAAGCGGAAGAAGAGAUACGAGAAGCAACUUACUCAAAUAGAUGGGACCCUCACUCAGAUUGAGGCCCAAAGGGAAGCGCUAGAAGGUGCCAAUACCAAUGCCCAAGUAUUGAACACUAUGCGCGAGGCAGCUAAUGCCAUGAAGCUCGCACACAAAGACAUUGAUGUGGACAAAGUACACGAUAUCAUGGAUGAUAUUGCUGAACAACACGACAUCUCUCGUGAGAUCACCGAGGCGAUCAGUAACAAUGUGGCCUUCCCUAAUGAUAUAGAUGAAGAUGAACUCGAGAAGGAACUUGAAGAAUUAGAACAGGAGGAUCUGGACAAGGAGAUGCUGGGCAUCAACGUGCCGACGGACACGCUGCCCGAUGUCCCGGCCUCGGAACUGGUACACGACAAACCCAAACCGAGCAAGUCGAAACAGACAGAGGAUGACGAUGAGCUUGCUCAGCUGCAGUCGUGGGCCACAUAGGACGCGGCCGCGGCGCCCCGCUGUACUUCGCCGGAGCUUUCAUCGGAGCUUUCACAAUCCAGCACUGCACCGCUUAUCGUAUCCCUCAAUCCCAUACAAAACUUGAUACGGAAGCUCAGUCAAAGCUUGUCCGCAAUAUCGGUGCCGAAAAUCGAGCUUCCGAGAAAAGCUUCGGCCAGAUAUAAGAGGCAUCGGCAGAUGGGCGACGACCUACAUCGACGUUUAGAAAUCGAUCAGGCACUAAGAAUGACAGGUCUAUGGUAAUUUCAAUAUCCGCGUUUGUCAGAACUUCGCUUGGGUAAUAAGCUAUGUCAUGAUUUGUAAUAUACGUUUGGCAAUAAGCAAACCAUUGCUUUGUGUAAUUUUUCAUAACACUAUGGAAUAUUAUGGUCGAUAAUACAAUAAUAAUCGCAAUAAACUCAGAACUUUUAUUGGUCAAGACUUCACAUUUUACGACACGGUCAUGUAACUUUGAGUUUUCGUGUAUGUAAUAUUGACGUUGUUAACUUAACUAACGUAAUAAGAUCUGUUAAAAUGCUUUAAACGGAAAUAUCAAAAAUACUUGUCUUUCAAUUAGAAUACUCACCCCAAAAAAAUAUGUGAUUAUAAGCAAGAAGAAAAUGUAGAAGUGACUGAUCAAGUGAGUGAAUUAAUUGGAUUAAAAUACAAUAUAUUGUGAGCAAAGUACAAAUAUGACAUAAAAGAUUAGUCUUAGUAUGAUUAACAUACGAUUCAAGAUUGAUCUAGUAAUGUUUAACAGAUGUUCAAGCAAAUUCAUAAAGAAUUCUUAAUAAUAAUAAUCUUUAAUAUAAUACCAAUUAAUCAACUCAAAAUCAAUGAGUGUGUUAAUUGUAAUGGUACUUUAGGUAUUGUCAAUGAAUGUUCUAAAAAUUGUCGUAUAGUAUCAAUUUAGCAAGAAAAAAGUUUUUUCAGGAGUACACAGAAAUGAUGAAUCGAUCAUUAGACAACGCACAAUUCAAAUUAUGUGAAAUCACAUAACAGUCAGACCGCGUUUCAUUGGGAGGGAUAUAGGCUCAUUAAUAUUUAUUCUUUUUUUUAUAUUGGUGGACGAGCUCACAGCCCACCUGGUGUUAAGUGGUUACUGGAGCCCAUAGACAUCUACAACGUAAAUGCGCGCCACCCACCUUGAGAUAUAAGUUCUAAGGCCUCAAGUAUAGUUACAAUACAACGGCUGCCCCACCCUUCAAACCGAAACGCAUUACUGCUUCACGGCAGAAAUAGGCAGGGUGGUGUUACCUACCCGUGCGGACUCACAAGAGGUCCUACCACCAGUAAAAAAUAAUAUUCGCAAUGAUACUAUAACAGUUAAUUAAUAACUUUACAUAAAAUAAUCACCCAAAUUUGACCCAAUAGGUAAUCCAAUUAGUUCAAUUAAAUAGUACAGUAGCUGUAUAGCAAUUUAAUAUUCUAAUUAUUAACAUUAAUAAAAUAAUUGAAUGAUUUUAGAAGUUGAGUUUUAAAAUUAUGGAAUUAUUUUAGACAGUAUUCCGUUAAUUGUUGUAUUUAUUCAUCAUUAUUGUGGCCUUGUUUUAGAUGUAUUAAUGUCGCUGGUGUGUCGCUCUUCUGCCGUUUGUGCUUCUAAUUAUGUGAUAUGUAUGUAUGUAUGAAAAUAAUUAUGUAUUAUAGUGUGACAUAAUAUUUAGCGAAUUUGUAAUUUUCAUUUUUUAUUUUAAUUACAAAAUAGUCGUAAUUAUUAUUUUUCUGAGGAAAAUAAUUGAAUUAUUUUUUUGGGUUAAAUAAAAAGCUAAUAGAUUUAUUUUGAGAUUUAUUUUCUUUGCAUGUAACAUAAUUUCAUAAGUGUAAUACGGUUCUUUUUUUUAAAUUGUAAACGCCUUAUAUUAAAAAGAUAAUAAAACUUAAAAAAAAAAA